AUGACAAUCACCAAAGAAGCUUCAUCAACAGCAAAUCCUUCCCCUGCCAGUUUCUUAACACAAGCCAAUGCCUUGUUCAUAAAAAACCUUACUUAUCAGAAACGGAACAUAUGGAGCAGUGUUCGGCUCAUCGCGAUCCCCUUAUACCUCUGCUUGGUUCUAGCUACCAUUCAAGCUCUGUUCGAUAUACAUGUUAAUAACUCUGCUGAGAAUCGAUGUGGUUGUCAAUGCAUGGACACAACUAAAGAUGGCAAAUGUGAAAGAGAGAGUUGCGGUUUAGAAUAUUCAUCUCAAAAUCAAGCAAUCUUUUGUGCAUUCCCAAACCCUCCACCAUUGCUUCCGUUGUUACAUAUUCCGCCUUCUGUUACUAGUAGUUCCAUUGACUCGUGCACACGAACCGGAUCUUGUCAUGUAACCAUACUUUUUACUGGGAAUAACCCUUCUCAGCUUGGAGCAAAGGUUAGAUGUGUUCAAGGAUUGACUCCAUGGCGAAAUAACUCCACAGAGGUCAACGAUGAGAUCUUUAAGGGCUACCUGCAAGGAAAUCAAGAGGAGAAUAUCAACUAUGAGAUUGUUGCAGCAUACGAUCUGUUGGACACCGAUAAAAAAAACUUCAAUGUGACCAUCUUGUAUAACUCAACACACAAGGAAAAUUUAGUAGAUAGGCGUGUAAAAUUUGUUCGAGUUCCUCGCUUAGUCAAUUUGGUUUCAAAUGCUUAUCUUGAGUAUUUGAAAGGGAAAGGGACAAAGAUUCUAUUCGAUUUUGUGAAAGAAAUGCCUAAGAAAGAAACUAGGCUUCGCAUGGACAUGGCGUCUCUCAUUGGCCCCAUUUUCUUCACAUGGGUGAUUCUUCUUCUAUUCCCUGUCAUAUUGACGUCAUUGAUGUAUGAGAAGCAGCAGCGUCUAAGAAUUAUAAUGAAAAUGCAUGGGCUAGGUGAUGGUCCGUAUUGGAUGAUUUCCUACGCUUAUUUUCUCGUCAUAUCCACGUUAUACAUUAUAAGCUUGAUGAUAUUUGGCUCAGCAAUAGUUGCUGCUUACUUAUAUGUCUUUGGAACUGGCCUAUUGGGAUUGUUUCUCUUCCAGUUUCUGAUCGAAGAAUUAUCAUUUCCCAGUUUCUCGUUAUACCGUGGGCUAUAUGAGUUCUCUCAGUAUGCUUUUCAGAGAAACUUGAAUGGGAUGGAUGGGAUGAAGUGGAAAGAUUUUAGUGGUACUGCAAUGGAUAAAGUUUUCUCCAUCAUUAUCGUUGAGUGGUUUCUCGCACUUCUUGCAACAUACUACAUUAAUCGAGUUUCUUCAUCCACCAAAGAACGUCCUUUUCCAUUCUUGAGAAACCCUUUCAAGAAAAUUCCUUCUCCACAAAGAAUUAGCGUGGAACAACAAGGCUCUGAAGUUUCUGUAGAAAUGGAGAAACUAGAUGUCGCUCAGGAGAGAGAAAAAGUCGAGCAAUUGAUGAUGCUUGAGCCUUGCACAACAAGCCAUGCGAUUGUAUGUGACAACCUGAUGAAGGUGUAUCCAGGUAAAGAUGGGAACCCUCCUAAAAUGGCAAUUCGAGGAUUAUCUCUAGCUGUGAGUUCAGGAGAAUGCUUCGGCAUGUUAGGACCCAAUGGUGCCGGAAAGACCUCUUUCAUCAACUCGAUGACUGGACUUGUGAAACCAACAUCAGGCACAGCAUUGGUUCAAGGUGUCGACAUAUGCAAGGAUAUGGACAGGGUAUACACUAGCAUGGGUGUAUGUCCACAACACGACUUGCUCUGGGAAACGCUGACAGGAAGGGAACAUUUACUAUUUUAUGGGAGACUUAAGAAUCUCAAAGGCUCUGAUCUCAACCUAGCUGUGGAAGAGUCUCUUAAGAGUGUGAAUCUGUUUUGCGGAGGAGUUGCCGACAAACCUGCUGGUAAAUACAGCGGAGGUAUGAAAAGGCGGCUGAGUGUAGCCAUUUCACUUAUCGGGAAUCCUAAGGUGGUAUAUAUGGAUGAGCCGAGCACAGGACUUGAUCCAGCUUCAAGAAUGAAUCUAUGGACAGUCAUCAAACGUGCGAAAAAACACACUGCAAUAAUCCUCACUACUCAUUCAAUGGAAGAAGCCGAGUUUCUUUGUGACAGAUUAGGGAUUCUUGUAGAUGGAAGGUUACAAUGUAUCGGGAACCCAAAAGAGUUGAAGGGAAGGUUUGGUGGAUCAUAUGUGUUAACUAUGACAACAUCAUCAGAACAUGAGAAAGAGGUGGAGAGGUUGGUGCAAGAUUUCUCACCAAACGCUAAGAAGAUAUAUCACAUUGCAGGGACUCAGAAGUUUGAGAUCCCAAAAGAGGAAAUCCGAAUCUCGGAGGUGUUUCAGGCGGUGGAGAAGGCAAAGAGUAGUUUCGAAGUGUUUGCUUGGGGACUUGCGGACACAACACUUGAAGAUGUCUUCAUUAAGGUUGCUAGAACUGCUGAGGCCUUUAAUGUCUUCUCUUGA